AUGGCGACCGACGACCUGAGCAAGCAAACUCCGGAGGAAUUCUUCCAGACCAUCGGUGACAAGGUCAAGAACCUUGCGCCCGUUGUCGAUGGCACUGAAGACGAAGAUGACGACCACCGAGCCGUCGAAGAGAUUGAGUCGCUCUGCAUGAACUGCGGCAAGAAUGGCGUCACUCGUCUCCUCCUCACUGCCAUCCCCUACUUCCGCGAAAUCGUCAUCAUGUCAUUUUCUUGCGAGCACUGCAACGUCCAGAACAACGAGAUCCAGGCGGCCGGAACCGUCCAGCCUAAGGGAACCCACUACGAGUUGCGCUUGACUGCCCUCGACGAUUUUGCGCGCCAAGUCGUCAAGUCAGAUACCGCUACAGUCAAGUUUAUCGAGAUGGAUCUCGAGAUCCCAGCUGGUCGUGGCCAGCUGACAAAUGUCGAGGGUCUCCUCAGCACCGUCAUGGAUGACCUUGAGAUGGGACAGGAGGCACGCAAGGAGCAGCUUCCCGAGAUGUACCCCAAGAUUGCCGAGAUUAUUGCCAAGGGUCGCGCUAUGUUGGCUGGUGACUCAUUCCCUUUCCGCUUCUACGUCGAUGACCCCGCCGGUAACUCGUUCAUCGCCCCUGACCUGAAGGACGGCGUCGGCAAGUGGGAGAAGCACGAGUUUGCCCGAACUCGCGAGCAGAACGAGGCCCUUGGUCUCUCUGACUCCGACCCCAGCGCUGCCGCCGGUCUCAACAACCCUGGGUUAACCGCCGAGGGCGACAUCAUCCCGAACGAGGUUUACAGCUUCCCUGCGACAUGCCCUGGCUGCAUGCACCCGUGCACUACUCACAUGAAGAUGGUCGAUAUUCCCCACUUCAAGCAAGUCGUGCUCAUGUCGACUGUUUGCGAGGACUGCGGAUACCGCUCCAACGAUGUCAAAACUGGUGGCGAGAUUCCCGAGCUGGGUGAGAAGAUCACCCUUGUCGUCAAGGAUAGCACCGACCUCGCUCGAGACAUUCUCAAGAGUGAGACCUGCGCUCUCGAGUGCCCCGAGCUCCAGCUUCAGGUCAACCCAGGUACCCUGGGUGGCCGCUUCACCACCGUUGAGGGUCUCCUCACACAGGUUCGCAACGACCUCCACAGCCAGAUUUUCGAGUUCGACGGCUCCGGCCAGGGCGGCGACUCCCUCGCCUCCAAGGAGAAAUCUCGGUGGGAUGAGUUCUUUGCCGGUCUCGACGCCGCCAUCGCUGGCGAUAAGCCCUUCACGGUCAUUCUUACCGACCCCUUCGCUAGCAGCUUCAUCCAGCCCCUGGUUGACCCCCCGGCGCCGGACCCCAGCAUCCACCGGGAGAGCUACACUCGAACGGAUGAGGAGGAAGAGGAGCUGGGUCUCAAGGAUAUGAAGCUCGAGGGCUAUGAGGAGGAUCAGAAGAAGGAGGAUGAGAAGAAAGCGGCAGAAGCGGCAGAGGCUGCUAAGGAGACUGAAGAGAGGUAG